CGAGGCCUGUCCAACAGAAUCAACACAAAACAGUAACUUUCCAGUGAUACACAUGUGUACAAAUGAAGCUGCCAGUGGUGUUCAAGGAUUAUUUCUUGACGCGUUCGUACCUGCCAACAAACCAAUCAAUUGCAGCUGUAUACUUGAGACAAGACAGUUCCUUCAGAUUGGUAUAAACCCUGUUACCCUUCCAGACAAAGAAUGUACAUCAGCAUUACAUAUACUAUUGCAACGGCCAGUUAUUUAUAACUGUAAACCUAAUACAACUUUUCCAAUAUAUUGGCGGAAUCUUCUCAAUAUAGGAUUGCUAAUUAAACUGACGACGAUAGCUGGACACGAGAAUACUACGUACUGCAUCAAGUUAAGCAUCACGGUUGGUCAAGGUUCGUUGACUCUUCAGUGUUAUUCGCCAGACGGUAAGUCGAUGACGAGUUCAACCCAGUCAGACGAUAAAACCACCUUACAGAGAUCGACAACACCAGGUUCAACAGAAACAGAAUCAACCAAGUCAGUGGAAGCAGAUACAAGUUCUCCAUUAACAGAGAAGUCGGAGAUAUCAGAUACGACAGUUCCCGUAGAGACGACGAACAUACACACAGACUCGAAAGCUUUCCCAGUUGCUGCUGCUGUAGGUGGUGCCGUGGGUGUAGUUCUGAUAGUCGCCGUAGUGGUUGUUGUUAUUAUCAUUUAUAUAAGGAAGAAACGAACAAAAGGCAAACAAAACACCGGUGAUGAUGACGAUGGUGAUUACGUCAUUAGGGAUCUUAACCCUAACAACGCUGAUACGAAUCUUAACCCUUCCGUCGCUACUACCAAUGUUAACCGUUAUAAUACUGACGACAAUACUGGCAACACUUAUGAACAUCUACAACAACACUGUGCAGUAUGUUAACACGCCGUCGAGUGUUGACGGAGACCACGUGUACCUCCACGUCAAUGAACCAACACAGUCACAGAUCUCAUAUCAAGAUUAUUAUAACACUGCCAACCUGACUGGGUCAAACAGUUUAGAUUCACACGAGUAGAUAGAUGUUAGACUUCAUUCAUGGUAAGGGGCGGUAUGUAGCUCAGUGAUAAAACGCGAUCGGUCUAGGAUCGAUCCCUGUCGUUAGACUCAUUUGGGCUAUUUCUCGUUGUAACAAAAGCCGUGGUAUGUACUAUCCUGUCUGGGAUCAUACAUAUAAAAGAUCAUGUUCUGUUAAUCGAAAAGAGUAACCAAUGGCAUCGCGGCAGCGGGAUUCCUGUCAUCCGUAUGGCUCUUAACCAUAUGGCUGACGUAAUGUAAUAAAUGUGAAUGAUUUACUAACAAAAAUAAACUGUUAAUUUAUU